AUGAGCAUGAGUUGGUUAAUAACAAUAAUUUUAGCCAUUGCAGCUUUCUUUUCAUCACAAUUAGCUUAUGCAUAUGAUCUCAAUCCUCUACAAGACAUAUGUGUUGCAGUUCAAGACUCCAACACUUCUGUUUUCGUGAAUGGAAAGUUCUGCAAAGACCCAAACCUUGCAAAGGUAGAUGAUUUUUUUACUUCAGGUCUUAAUGAAAGUGGUAAAGUAGUGCGACAAAAGUUUGGUUAUUCUGUGCAUAUUGUUGAUGUAAACAAUAUGCCUGGACUCAACACUCUGGGCAUUUCUAUAAUUCGUGCUGAUUUCGAACCACAAGGUCUUAUCCCACUGCACACGCACCCUCGAGCUACUGAGCUCAUAACCAUCUUGGAGGGUACAAUUUAUGCCGGAUUUCUUCUACCUUAUGAAAAUAACUUCUUUAAGAGUCGUCUCUUCACUAAAAUCUUGAAUCCUGGCGAUGUGUUUGUGAUUCCACAAGGGCUUAUUCACUUCCAAUAUAAUGUUGGACGUACAAAUGCUACUAUACUUGCUACUUACAAUAGUCAAAAUCCUGGAUUCGUCAUGAUUCCUAAUUCAAUCUUUGCUUCUGAUCCACCUAUUCUCGACGAUGCUCUUGCCAAAGGUUUCCAGCUUGAUAAGAAAGUGAUUAAACAACUUCGAAAGAAAUUCGCCUAG